AUGGCGGAGCCGGAGCCACAGCCGCAGCCGGGCCCGGAGCCGGCGCUGGCGCGGCGGCUGGCGGCGGGCGGGCAGGGCCACGUGCUGCGCUUCUGGCCGGAGCUGGGCGGCGCGGCGCGGCGGGCGCUGGCGGCCGAGCUGCGCGGCAUGGACGUGGCGGAGCUCAACGGCUUCUUCCGCCGCGCCCGCGCCCAGGGCGGCGGCGGGGCCGGGGCCGCGGCGGCGGCGGCGGGGCCGGACGCGCGGAUGGAGCCGGUGCCGCGGGACGUGCUGGGCAGCGCCUCCCGCGACCGCGGCCUGCUGCCGCGCUGGGAGCGCCGCGGGCUGGCGGAGAUCGCGGGGAGCCGCGUGGCCGUGCUGCUGCUGGCCGGCGGGCAGGGCACCCGCCUCGGCGUCCCCUACCCCAAGGGCAUGUGCGACGUGGGGCUGCUCUCCCGCAAGACCCUCUUCCAGCUGCAGGCCCAGCGGCUGCGGCGGCUGCAGCAGCUGGCCGAGGAGCAGCACGGCAGCGCCUGCCACAUCCCCUGGUACAUCAUGACAAGCGGCCGGACUAUGGAGUCCACCAAGGAAUUCUUCCUGAAGCACCAGUAUUUUGGCUUAAAGAAAGAAAACGUGAUCUUCUUCCAGCAGGGGAUGUUACCAGCUAUGGGAUUUGAUGGGAAAAUUCUUCUAGAAGAGAAGGGCAAGAUUUCCAUGGCCCCAGAUGGGAACGGGGGCCUUUACCGGGCCCUAGGUGUGCAUGGCAUCAUGGACGACAUGGAGCGGAGGGGUGUGCAGAGUGUCCAUGUGUACUGCGUGGACAACAUCCUGGUGAAGGUGGCUGACCCCGCAUUCAUCGGGUUCUGCUUGGAGAAGGAAGCGGACUGCGGUGCCAAGGUGGUAGAGAAGACCAACCCCACGGAGCCGGUUGGCGUGGUGUGCAGAGUGGACGGUGUGUACCAGGUGGUGGAGUACAGCGAGAUCUCCCUGGCCACGGCACAGAAACGAGGCCCGGAUGGACGACUGCUCUUCAACGCAGGCAACAUUGCCAAUCACUACUUCACCACGUCCUUCCUGAAAGAUGUAGUCAACACUUAUGAGCCGCAGCUGCAGCACCACGUAGCUGAGAAGAAGAUCACACAUGUGGACAUCACUACUGGGCAGUUGAUCCAACCUGAAAAGCCCAAUGGGAUCAAGAUGGAAAAGUUUGUUUUUGACAUCUUCCAGUUUUCCAAGAAAUUUGUGGUGUAUGAAGUCCUGCGUGAGGACGAAUUCUCUCCUCUGAAGAACGCGGACAGCCAGAACGGGAAGGACAAUCCCACCACGGCUCGACAUGCCUUGAUGUCUCUGCAUCAUCGCUGGGUUCUCAAUGCAGGGGGCCAUUUUGUGGAUGAAAACGGUACACGCAUCCCCGCCAUUCCCCGUGUCACAAACGGAAGGUCAGAUGCCAUCCCAGCUGAUGUCAAUGACAAUUUGAAGGAUGCAAGUGACUUGCCAAUCCAGUGUGAAAUUUCUCCCCUUAUCUCCUAUGGAGGAGAAGGCCUGGAAAAGUACGUGAAAGACCGAGAGUUUCGUGCACCUUUAAUUAUCGACGAGAAUGGGAUCCACGAGCUGGUGAAGAACGGGAUGUAGCAGCUGUGGCAGCGAGGUGCCAAACCCUGGCCGUCCCUCGGCUGAUGCACUGUGAAUUCAGACACAUGAAGGUUUAUAGCUGUUACUGGUAGGGGGUGGCCUUGCUCACUCUGACUUGGUGUGCAGAGGAGGAUGUAACCCACUUCGUUCUUGGCAUGUCAAGUGCUUCUAUUUAUAUUUUAAUUUAAAAAACAAACACUUUAUGGAUUCCCCUACCACAAAGCACAGCUGUGGUGCUGCUAAUCGCACUUCAGCCUCUGGGCUUUUAUUUUUAAAUGUGUAUAUAGUAAUAGUCAUUGUACAUGCAGAAGAUUUUUAUGGUACUGGGCUGGGGUUAAUCUUGAAUUUUUAUUUUUCUCAAAUACACAUGACUAUUUUUUUUAAUAGGGUUCUUGUCAUUGCCCAUGUCCUCCCUUUUGGUCAUCCUUUGUACCUUGCACAACUAGGAAGAAUCCAAUUAAACCUCUGAGUCCCUCC